UAAGAAUUGUUGUGUAUUCAUUCUCAAUCCAGAGCUCGAGCUGAACGCAUCGUAAACAGCAAAACGAAAUAAAUUUUACAAAUAUUUUUGAUUAAGUGAACUUAAUACACUACAAUCCAACAUGUCUGACGCUCCAGCAGCAGCAUCAUCCACUACCAAGUCAGGAGCAGUGCAGUUCACACCAAAUGCCUGGUUGACUGGAGUAGCAGUCGCUUUUUAUUCGACUCGGGUCUUGUGGGCGAAGUUGCGCGAAAUGGGCGUGAUUCCGUCGCUGGGUAGAGGCAAGCAAGAUGCCGGCAUGGGCAAAAAUGAUGCACUGUCCCAAGAUGCUGUUGAGGAGAUGAUUCAAGUGAGACUGUUGCCCGAGGCCGAAGGGCAGCACUUCCCUCUGGGCACUGUGGCCGUUGCGCCCCAGUGAUGGAGCUCGGCGAAUUUGCUGAGGAUGUGGUGAUGGGCUUCUGGCCGGAAGGGGGUCGAUGCGCAAGACGAUGUUUAAGAGCAUUUUUCGUUUCACUUUUUGUUACAAAAUUCUAGUCUGUUUUAAUCACACGUUAAACACCAAAUGUUUAUGCUACGAUGACAAGUGAAUACAAGUUGAAAGAACAAAACUUAAA